GCUCAGUAGCGACUCUCCGCUGCAGAAGCUCCAGCGCAGCAGCUCUCGGGUUUUAUUAUUUUCGGCGCGAUGGGUGACAUGGAGGACCCCGAUCGGAGAGGAGACCACCCGAACCCCUCCGUGGUUUCUCUACUGUUCAAUAAGGACUUCGUCUCCUCCAGGAAAGGACAGCUGCUGAUCGGAGAGGUGGCCUCGUCCUUCAUCAGCUUCGUGUGCUUCUGUGCCUCGUCGGCCGCCGCGUUCAUCACCGCUCCACUCGUCUUCUUCCUCUCCGCGCUCUUCCUCCUCUUCGCCUAUUCCACCAAAUUCAACCAGCGGUUUAAAGGCUUCCACUGGCCACUGAUGGAUUUUCUGCGCUGCGUCAGCGCCUCCAUCGUCUUCUUCAUCAUCUCCAUCAUGGCUGUGUCGAAGUAUCCAGACGGAUCCUCCAAAGCUGCAGGAGUGUUCGGCUUCAUCGCCACUAUUGUUUUUGCGCUGGAUUUCUAUUUCAUCUUUAAUGAGCUGGCCGCUUUCCUCAAGGGGGGCGGCUCCCACGACGAGCCUCAGAACACACAAGAAGCAGGUUCAGAUUCGGACUCUGACUGAAGCUGCGGUCUCCGAGGACCCGCGAUGGAUGACCACUGAAGUGCCUGAAGGAGGACUACAGGGCCUGUGUCCAGGCUCAUAUACAGCUAUUCAUUAACCAAAGAGCAGUGUUUUCCCAAAACUUUGUAAAUCCAAGUAUUUCAAACUAACAUUUAAGCCUGUUGUGCCUCAGCGAGUGGAACCAAGCGAGCAUGUAUCUGUAUGUGUGCAGCGUUUUUAUACCUGUGAUGUUUUUCUUCAUUCAUUUUCUCUUUUAUGUGGGUACUUUGGCUGAUUUUUCUUUUGUGAGUAAUUUACACAACUGACCAUAAAAUAGUAGCGAUA